CAACACACGUAGCCAAGCCACCGCUCCUGAUCUCCACGACGAGAGAGAUGGCGCCGCCGUCCAAGCUCACCGCCCUCUUCUUCGCCUUCGCCCUCGUGGCGGCGACGCUGGCGCCGCCCGCGGACGCGAGGGUCCAAGGCUUCAACCAGGAAGCUGCUUCCGAGCCGGCCAUUGCCGGAGAAUCCAAAGCUGCCACCGGAGGGCCGGGAGUCCUCGGCAUACUGUUCCCGUUCCUUGGCGGCGGAGGCGGCGCCGGUGCUCCGCCAUCGGCUGGCGGGUCUGGCUUCCGGUUCCCGUUCCCGCUUCCGAUCCCUGCGGCUGGCUCGUCGGGGUCGGCUGGUUCUGGCUUCCCGUUCCCGAUGCCGUUCCCCUUCCCGUUCCAGCAACCCAGCUCGCCGGGAACCCCACCGACUCAACCAUCGCCCGCUUCCCCCAGCUCGCCGUCGUCGAGCGCACCGCCGCCAUCGCCGGCGCCGGAGCAGCCAAAGGAGUGCUUGACGCCAAUGAUGUCGAUGAUGCCAUGCGCGGAGUACCUGACGAACAGCACAAUGCAGACGCCACCGGACACCUGCUGCGCGGGGUUCAAGUCCCUGGCGGACAAGGCGGCCAUCUGCCUGUGCCACGGCAUCAACGGCGACCUGAGCAAGCUCCUCCCCCUGCCCUUGGACCUCAUGAAGAUGAUGACGCUCCCCAACACCUGCGGCGCCACGGUUCCUCUUCAGAUCUUCUCCUUGUGCAACACGCCUGCGGUGCCACCAUUGAUGCCUCCGAGCCCUUCAGCUCCAGCACCUGCUAAUUAACACCCCGUCGUCGUAGAUCGUCAGGUGUUGACCGUAGUCUAUCUGCUGCUUCACCACAGCCGACCGUCGUAAUCGUCUUAGUUAUCUUUGGAUGUCAGUAAAUGUUAGUUUAGGGUUUUAGGAGUUGAUAAAUGUUAGUUUAGUGUUUUAGAUAUAAGUUUAGGGUUUUAGGAUGUGAGUAAGAAAUUAUAGAUUAAGUACAUUCUAUGUAUUUUUUUUGUGGUCCAUGGAAAUAUCAAAUAAAUAAUGUUUAGUGAAAUUUGAUUUUCCUCACUUUCAAACUGUUGAUAUAGUUAAUGAUUGGGCUCAUGUUCUCACGUGCUGG